AGUAUGACCCACAGUCUAACAGCUUCAACCACACACACACACACACACUGGCAGAUACAUUCAAGUAGUUUUUUGCUCCACUUGCCUCCUUUAAUGACUUCAGCAUGGGUCUGCCAAUAUUUUUUAUUUUAGGAAUGGCUUCAAAUCUUGCUCUCAGCAUGAAAAUGCAAGAUGAGGAGCCCAGAGACUUGGUUCUCAAACAAACGGUUAUAGGGAUAUUGGGAGAGGAGGUCUACCUGCAUUGUUUAUACACCGGACAAAGUCAAAUCCUGUUCUCCUCCUGGAACCGUCUGGAUUCAACAAUGAAAGCAAAGAAAAUGGCAGGCUACAACUACAUGAAAGGUUUUAAACGAGAAAACUUCGACAUUCCAACAUCAGCUACUAACCUCACUGUGAGGAUAGACGUGGCAAGUCUUGAUCAAGAAGGAGAAUACACCUGUGUUUUUAACUCUGAAGAAGAUGAAACCAAGGGAGCAAUGACUCUCAGUGUUAUUGCUCGGCCUGAAAUUGACAUAACCGUGAAGGAGGAAGUUGUGAACAGGACCGUCUACCACGCUGUCACUUGUUCAGCCUUCAGUGCCAAGCCAGAGGCUGUGAUUAGAUGGGAGAUCGCUGGUGCCCUUCCAAGAGAUGACAUCUUCUCCACGAACACCACUAAUGCAAUUCAUCCCAAUGGCACAAACAGUUCUGUCAGCGUACUUCACUUCCCCCUGAUUAUGAAUAAUGAGAGCACAGUUACCUGUGUGGUAGAGCAUCCAGCGUUUACCGAGCCUAAAAGAGUCAGCAUUGAGGUUGACACAUUUGAUUCUCCUGUUGUGAGCAUGGAGACGGUCCUGAUCCAAGAAGGAGGAGAAGACUUUCAGGAGGUCAUCUGUAGAGCGACAGAUGGCAGACCACAUCCUAAUAUCACUUGGAAACUUCCUGAAUUUAGAAACACGUUGCUUUUACAGAGAGACAUCUCAGAAUCAGACUCGGUUGUCAGUUCAUAUCGGUUUCCAUCAGAUUCUUAUGAAGGAGAAAAUGUGUCUUGCAUUUUUGGCUACAUGCUUUUCCCUUUCACAAGCACUAGGACAAUCACCUUGCCUAUAUACUACCUGUCCUAUAUUCAACUAAAGGACUUCGAUCAUGCUGUUAAUAAUGAGAAUCAGACGGCAUUGGUAUUUCAGGAGGGGGACUUCGACAUUUCAGUUGGAAUGGAUGUUAGAGGCAACGUACCAAGUUAUAAAAUGAUCUGUUCAAGGGAAGACCAACCACUGCCUGAGGAUGUAGAUGUGGUUGGCAACAAUAUCUUUAUCCGAAGACCUGUAGAUGUGCAUCUUGCGGGAGAGUAUUUGUGUCAGGCUUCAUACCGAAAACAUCGAGUUUCCCUGAGGUUCACAAUUGAAGUAAAUCCAAAAGUCAUGUUGCCAGUGACAUUUCCUCCAAAUAUCAGUGUGGAUUUGGUAGAAAAAUCUGAUCACAUUCGCAUUGAGUGUUUGGCUUCCAAUGCAAUUCCUGCAGCAAGCGUGUCCUGGGUUCUUCCCCAAGAGAUCAACAGUACUGUUCAGUCUGACGUCACAUCCUUUAAUGGAUCCUUUUCUGUCAGAAGUGUGUUGAAUGUGCCUACAUGCUUGACCCGUGAAUAUGUCAUUGAGUGUGUAGUCAACCAUACUGUCUUCAUGGAACAAGAGAGCCGGCAGAUUGCUCUUCCUGUGUGUGCUCCACCCAGUAUUACCCUGCAGUGCAGUACUGAAUGGGACAGUGGUGUUGCAUACGUUCAGUUGGUGUGUUCAGUGCAGAGCCAGACUCCAGUAGUGGCCAUUAGCUGGGCUGCACAGUGCCUUGGCAAUGACAUCAGCUCCAGUCAGUUUGAAAUGAGUCAAACCCAGUUUCAGCCAAGUCAUAUGAUUGCUGCUCAGAGCGUGGCACGUAUUCCUAUUUACACUCAUGGUGGAUGCAGCGUGACCUGUUCGAUCGAGCUUCAGGGGUUAGAGAAACCAGAGAACAAAAGCAUUGUCCUCCCAUCCUUAGGGCCGUCUGCAAUCCUUGCAUUUGUGGCUGAAGAGAGAUACACUCAUAUCUGGCAUGCAGUGUGUGGGUACAGCGGUUAUGGAGUCGUACCCAACAUCUCCUGGAUCCUUCCUGAAAAUGACGCUGCAGUUCAAGCAAUCACUGAGUACAAGUACAAUGGAAUUAAAGUAGAAGUCAAUUUGACUUACGAAUUUCAGCUCAACCAGUUCGAGGGGAAGGAUUUGAUCUGUGUGGUCCAGAGAGAGCUCGACUGGGAAGAGAGACGGACAAUACAAGUUCCAAAAUUCUAUAUCUCAUCUGUUGAGGUUUUAAACAAAACCACAGUUGAUCGCAGAAGUCACGGCCAGCGUGAGCAUCGAGUAGAGCUGCAAGAAAACCUCUCCAAUCAGAAGAUACUUCUUCAAGCCCAUGGCAAUGCAACAUCUUACUGGACAAUAUGUUACAGAGAGGACGGCUCAGCAGCACACACAGUCGGCAUGGCAUUGGUUUUUACAGCCCCAGCAUCCGAACUGGACACAGGACUGUACAUAUGCCAUGUCUCGUAUCAUCACCACAUGGCCAAAGUCUUCCUUCGUGUGGACGUAACAAGUGAAGAGACUCAACACCUAAUAUUCAUCACUAUCUGCUUCACGACGGCUGCUGCCAUCUCCAUCAUCUUGAUCAUCCUUUUGUUUGUCGUCUGCAAAUGUGGGAACAGUCACUCUUCACAACAGAAAACCAGGAUGGAUCGUGAGUCUCUGUCCGCUCUGAUGCAGGACCCUCGCUGCUCAGAGAGGGCGCUUCUUCAAGGCCAGGCCGGCCAAUAUGCUGAGCUCACCCACUAUUCCAUUGUUUUUGAUGCCAAAAGCACCGUGUGAUGCACCUGUUUGUUUUUCCAGGGUAACAUUUAAGUUUUUAGAGUGUUUUGGAGUUCAUGCCAUCUUGAAGGCACACGAUGUAAAAGAAAAUAUCAUCAAUUUUAGUUAAAGUGAUCAUGUGAAUGAAGCAUUUAUUAGUGAUGAAGAGAGGGAAUUAUUGGCAAUGGUGAUAUUAGUGGUCACAUGCUGUCUUUUAUACAUAGUGUGAAGAGCGCCUGAUUGUUUAACAGCAGUUCAACAAACUGAAUAUUGAGCGAGCUACAUUUUAGAUACAAUAUUGUUUUUAUUUUGUAGACGAAAAUAGAUUCUGAGCUGAACAUUUGUGCAUUUGUCUGCUAUACUGUCGUUUUACUUCUGAAUUAAUGUUGUUUUUGAAUGAAUUAUAUAAGUCAGUGAUUCAGUGCUUCAUUUCUAAAAGAAUCAGAUGCUUUGAAUGAAUCAUUUUAAGGAAUGAUUUAACAAAUGAUUCUAUAACAGUUUGUUCGACCCAAAAUGAAAAUUCUGUUAUUAAUUACUCACCCUCAUGUUGAUCCAAUCCCCAAGACUUUCAUUUACCUUCAAAUAACAAAUUAAGACAUUUUGGAUGACAUUUUAGAGCUCUCUAACCUCCAUAGACAGCAAGGGUCCGAGACACUCAAAGUGCAGAAAAGCAACCAAAACAUCUUCAGCGGUUCAACAGAAAUCAUAUGAAGCUCCACGAAAACUUUUGUGCACAAAAAAUGACUACUACUUGAUUAAUACAGGUAAAAUUAAGUACUUAAGUCAAAUACUCGCAUUGGCAAACAAAGUCAUUUUUACAGGUUUUAGGUACACAAAAUAUACAGGACUUGUAUAUGGAGGGGAGAGCCAGAGACAUCUUGAAUUUCAUCUAAAAUAUGUUCAUUUGUGUUCUGUAGAUGAACUAAGGGGAUUAAAUGAAAAAGAAGAACUGCGUCUAAAACCACAGUCUCCAGUAUGUAAUCACUGAAAGCAUAUGUUGGGUAUAAUAUGUAAGUGUGUAGUAUGAAUGUAAUCAGGACGUGCUAAAGUCACCAUGUAGUUAUCCUGGUACUUUUAAAUUCAGACGUACCGCUAUAUAUGCAGUGGAGAAAAUAAGUAUUGAAUACAUCACCAUUUUUCUCAGAAAACAUAUUUCUAAAAGUGCUAUCGACUUGAAAUUUUCCCCAGAUGUUGGUAACAACUAAAGAAAUCUAUAUAUGCAAAAAAAAGGUAAUUAGUUUACAAAUUAUGUGUAAUAAAAUGAAAUGACACAGGGAAAAGUAUUGAACACAUGAAGAAAGAGAGCUGUAGAAAGGCAGUGAAAGCUCAGACUGCUGCUGAAAUCUCUCAGUAGUUCUUCAGCAACCCUCUGCCCUUUGUUAUUGUAAAUGAAUAUUAGCUGCUUCAGUCCAACAUCUAUAUUACCAGGAUGAUAAAGAAGAAACAUUUCAGCAAGAGAAUGAUCCAAAACAGCCAAGGAAACUCUCAAAUAAAGAAACUCAAGCUGUAGAAUGGCCCAGCCAAUCACCUGACUUGAAUCCAAUAUAAAAUGCUAAAUAAAGAUCAGAUUUGACGAGAUCCACAAAACCAUCAAGAUUAAGUGUAUUCAUGAGCAAUUCAUUUGACUUCAUUCUCCAUAUGAGGCAUCUUUAAGCUGAAAUCAUAAAAAAAGUUAUUACAUACAUUUUAGUAGUUCAGUAUUUUCUCCUUGUGUCAUUUCAUCGUUUUUUGUUUUUUAUUGUUUUUGUUUGUAUUGUUUGGGGUUUUACUAAAAUCUGGUUCAAUUCCAUGUCAACAGCUCCUUUAGAAAUAUUGUUCUCAGAAAAAAACAUGAUGCUUAUUUUCCCUGUUAUGGUAGUUUUACUGUGAAGCUUAUACAUGACAGAUUUAGUCCAUCUCGAGUUUAAAAACACACUCAUCAAUAUAUUAUUUCAUUUUGUAAAAACAAACAAAACAAAUGACUGUACUUUUCAAUAUUGAGCACUUUUUGUAAAAUGUUUACAUUGGUUUUAUUUUGUUUGUUUUCGUCUGAUACAAUUUCUUCUAAAUUUCAAAAAUAACUAAUGUUUUGAUUUGAGUGGUGAUUGAAAAUCAGUGUUAUUCCUCGAAAUACCGAUUUAUUAUCUGUUCGGAAAUUAAAAUCGGUAUCUUGUGGUUUAAAACAAAUAUAAACAAACAACCAUGACACAUUUUGAUUAUUUUACACAAAAAAAACGCAAAUUACACCAUUUUUAUUUUCAAAUUUGGAAAAAAUGUCUUCAGUACUUUCUGAUAUCCUUUUGUUCUGAUUCCUCAAUCAUGAAUACUGAUGGUGGGGCAAUAUCUGUGAAUUAAGUCGCUUUCAGCAUUAAGAUUUACUGUGAUUAUUACCAUGUAGCAUUGUUUGAUAAAUACUUUGCGCACACCUUAUACGGGUUUAUUAUCUUUUUAGUAUAAAGUUGUACUUUAAUGAUCUAGCUGGUGUCUUCUGUCUUGUUUUUCACCAUUUCAGUUAGACUUGUAUCGCCUCAUUACCUGACUGAAUGUGAAUUGUAAUGGCGCUCUCUGCUGAUCACAAUGUGCCACUGCAUAAAGAAAAAAUGUAUUGGCCUUUCUAAAUCAACAACUGUGAUUUCUGUCCAGCCUUCUACUCAUAUUUUUAUUACCUUUGCAGUCUAUCAGAAUGACGGCUGUCCUGUAUUUUUUUAAAUGAUGUUUUGUUGUGGAACAUUUAGUUUCCUCAAUGGGAAUUUAAUGUCACUGUGUUAAACAUUUAAAAACAAUAAAAUACUUGCACAUGUAAUCAUACAUAGUACGUCUGUUUGUUUAUCAGGCAGGCUAUAAAACAACUUCUAACUGUUUUCACAAAUGACAAAAGUUCCUCAAUUAUCACAUUCAAUUCUUUUUUUAAUAAAAAAUCAGCCUCAGGUUUGUACAUUGACUUAAAGCAGCAGCUUUAAGAAAAUCUGCAUUAUUGCUUUCAUACACAGUCCAUAAA